CAGCGCACUGGUAGGUGGCAGCACACACGCAGGGUUGCACCGAAAUUGGCAAAAAACAAAAUGGAGGCGUAUAAUAUUUUUGUUUGGCAUAGAAUAUAAAAAAAUUCGUAUUCGUGUGUGCGAGCAGCGCCGUAAACAAACGCCGUAAAAGCGGGCAAACCAGAGAGUGCGAGCGGUCUAAGUCCAGCGAACGGGAACCGCACGUUGCCGCAUCGUCGUAGGGGCCGCAGAAACCGGAGGAGUUCCAUAUUCGCCACUUCUUCCCCAAGGCGGGCAGCUUCCUCCCCCUCCCUCCCCCCUCCCCUUUUCCGGGGAACUAUUGGCGCUAAUUGGAUUGGACUGGAAAGAGGAAGAGGCGGAGGCAGUGGAACCAGGCGCGGAAGCGGACGGGAGAGCGGGAGAGGACUAGGGCUAGGAGGCGAACCCAGAGCGGACGCCACAAUGGCCACCACCCAGCAGUACUCGCUGCGGUGGAACAACUACCUGCGCCACCUCACCUACUCCCUGGACAACCAUCGGCUGAACGAUGACUUCGUGGACGUCAGCCUGUGCGUGGAUGGACGCAGGAUCAAGGCCCACAAGGUGGUGCUCUCCUCCUGCUCGUCGUACUUCAAGGAGAUCUUCAAGGAGAACCCACAUCCGCAUCCGGUCAUUAUAUUUAAGUUCAUCAAGUUCGAGGAUCUCAACUCGAUUAUCGAGUUCAUGUACCAGGGCGAAGUCAAUGUGCAGCAGGAGGCGCUGCAAUCGUUCCUGCAAACCGCCGAGCUGCUGGCCGUCCAAGGACUCACCGCCGAGGAGAAGGAGAAGCCGCAGAUACCAGUGGCGCCGCUGAUUAGCGAGCACAAGCUGAUCAAGACCAUACCGAGCACCAUACGCGCGGUCAACGAGCAGCAGCAGCAGCAGCAGCACCAGCAGGUGUCCAAUGUGGCCCAGGCGCAGACAGCCACGCAAACCAUUGAAAUACCCACGGCCACAUUGCUGCAGGCCACCACCGCCAGCCAGGUGCAAUCGCAGGUGGUCGCCGCAGCCGCAGCAGCGGCACAGCAGCUGCAGGUCCAGCAGCAACAGCAACAGCAGCAGCAUCAUCAUGUACAAACCACCCAGAUCCAGCACAUCCAAGUGCAAUCGGCGCCGCCCCCGCAACAGCAGCAGCAGCAGCAACAACAGCAGCAGCAACAAGCACAGCAGCAACAAACGACUCCCGUGCAGACGCAACACCUGACCAUCACCAAUGCGGUGGCUCUGCCGGCGGCCAGUUCGGUUAAGAAGCGAAAGAUCACCUUCUCGGACGACGACGACAACAUGUACACCACCGAAACCGUUGACUAUGCCGUCAAGGAUGAGCAGACCAUAGUGAAAACUGCCGAGAUGACUUUCCUGCGCGGCGCCGUCAAGAUGGACAUACCCGAUUACAUUGUCGGCGAGGUGGAUGACCGCCUGUCGGAUGGAGCAACGCCACAAACGUCGCAGGAUGCCACCACCGCAGCGGCGCAGAAUGUGGCGCAAUACUCCUCCGAGUACGAGAUACUCACCGAGUCCGAAAUGGAGGAGAAGUAUCAGGCGGAUGCGGACAACGCCGAAAUUGCCAUUGAGAUGACCCGAUUGCUGGGCACCGCCAGCGGGACGCCGGGUGCGGGUUCCGGCCAAGUGAUGGAGGAUUCGGGUGGCGGCGGUGCGACGACUGGUCCCUCGACUACGGUGUCUGUGACGCCGGUCAAAUCGGACAGCAAGGCCAGCGGGACAAAUGAUUCGCCCAAUAAUAAGUGGACAGAAUGUCAGUUUUGCAAAAUGGUUAUAACCACGGUUAAUCUUUGGAGACAUAUUCGCACCCAACACACCCCACAACCGCCGCGCAAAUGCGAUCUGUGCAAUAAGAAUUUCAAGAACAAGUACAGCCUGCGGGAGCACAUACGCAUCUCGCACGAGCAGAAGGUGGCCAUCAAGACGGAGAACUGAUGCGUACUCAUCAGCCUCGAACGCUUGCGAGCCGGAUCUGCAUCUGCAUCUGGAUCUGGAUUGGGAUCUGUAUUGGGAUCGAUAGUAUAUAAGGAUAGGGGAGAGAGAUAUAGUUAAUUACGUCCAGCUUAGCGAGCAGCCAACCAGCCAGCCAGCCAGCCAACCAACCAACCAGCCCAUUCCCUCGUGUUUCCUUCAAAGGCCCCAAAACGAAAGAGAAAAAGAAAAACUAGCCAAAUUCGUCAACUUAAAUGCAAAGCAGAAAGAAGUACACCCACAUAGUUCUAUAUAUAACCCCUUGAUAGCCACUAAGUCGAGUCGAGUCGAGUCGAGUCACCGGAGAGUGGAGCUGGCGAUCCCGUCGUUGACCAAGCCAUGUCAUGUGUCCACGUAAUGCGUGCACGCACCACUUGUAUUGUAGUCUACCAUAUGCUUUAGGUACUUCCUUAUUAUACGAGGGCAAAGAUCCAUUGACACACCAUAAUGUAUAUAAACACACACCCCAGAGAAGACAGGAGUUUUGGAAGAUUUGAGUUUGAUAGCUCAGAUAGAGUGAUACUAUGUGCAAGAGAAGAGAACACGCGGAUUCAAUUUGAUUGUAGAAUAUUAAUGUUAUCACUUGGAUCACUUGAUUUUUAGCUCCCAGCAAACUCAUAUGUAUUUCCCAAAACUCUGAUAUUAUUCAGUUUUGUAUAUAGAGCUAGGCGACUUAACCUACUUUAAGAUAACCCCUAGAGAGAGAGAAUUCUGUGGCAGCGACAGCGGAGAUUCCCUGCCUAGUUUGAGUUGAUUCCCUGGAGAAGCUCCGCACUUUGCUCACAAACAGAGAGGAUGAGAAUAUGAGAAAAUACCCCUUGUGUACAAAUUUAAAUACGAUUUAACCCAAAUUACCCAGCGCGCUUUUGACCAUCUGUGUUCAGCAUUAAAGCGUUGGCAGUUGAUUGUAAAUUAGCUAAAUUAGUUCUAGUUUAGUUUAAGACACCCCUUCAAUGCGAUCGGACCUAGUUUAGUUAUUUGGUAUAACUUAGUUGAGUAGCAGCCCACACGAGCCAAGUGAAAACGGAAGUCAUAGCGCGUACGCUAGGAUUAGUUGAAAGUAUUUUCCCAAACGAAAAAUGAGAAAAGCGGAGGAAGAAAAC